AUGAAGUCCUUUUAUGGUGUCUAUCUGAUUUCUAUCGCUAUUCACAUAGUGGCAACGUUCGCAAACGGCUUCGGAGGAGGUGCUAAUAGAUUCGGGGGAGAUACUAAUGGAUUCGGAGGAGGUACUAAUGGAUUCGGAGGAGGCUCCAAUGGAUUCGGAGGAGCUGCUAAUGGAUUCGGAGGAGGCUCCAAUGGAGUCGGAGGAGGCUCCAAUGGAGUCGGAGGAGCUGCUAAUGGAGUCGGCUCCGGCAAGACCAACAACAACGCAUAUGGUUCCAUUACAUCUCCUAAGCAUGGCCAAAACAACCCUCACGACUCAAAUGGGGUCCGCUCCAUCGUGAACGCCAUUAAUUCAGCUAACCAUCAGAUUGGCACAGUAAAUCGCGCGAUACGAAGCCUCAGGAGUGGCGGCACUAUUGAGCAUCUGGACCUCGCGCUCCAGUCAUUAUCCUCUGCGAUAAGGACGACAUCUACUGUUAUUACUUCAGCCAGGUCCCUCCGCGAUGAUGAUUUCCAAACCAUACAUUCGUCCAUACGGCCAUUUCAUCAAUCUGUUGGCUCACUUGUAACGCGGCUAACGGGCAGGCGUGACACAAUAGCUCGACUCUGUGGAUGUCGUUCCAUACAAGGUUCUGUGAAUCAUAUACGAAUCUCAACUCGGGCUAUGUUUGACGGCAUUAAAACCCAUUUGAGGCACGGCGGACCUUCUCACGGCAGACAUGGCUUCGGAGAGUUUCAAUCUUUGGAUUCAGGAAUCGAGAGCUUCCUCAAUCACGGAUAUAAUUCCUUUGGCUUCGGCAACUGUAUUGACUUUGGAAGCAUCCCAUCAAUACCCAGCCCGUCCUAUACAAUUCAGACAAAUUCAUGGGCGCCCUCAGCAACCACAUAUUCCUCGACUGUAACUGAUUUCACAACAGUGGUUGUUACAGACACGAUUACAGACACGAUUACAGACACGAUUACAGACACGACUACAGACACGGUUACAGACACGACUACAGACACGGUUACAGACACAGUUACGGACACGGCUACGGACACGGCUACGGACACGGUUACAGACACGAUUACAGACACGAUUAUAGACACGAUCACUGAAACGGUGGUACAGACUUCGUGGGUAAAUGUCGACGAGGACGAGUACUAUAAAAGCGCCAAGCUCUGUAUCGACUACAGGGAUAUCCAGCUUAACCCUUACAAAUACUAUUACUUUAGGAAGUACCUUUACUUCCACCAUCACCAAGACAAUAAUAAGUACUAUAACAGGAUCAAGCUCUAUAUCGACCAUAAGGACAUCCCACUUAACCCUUACGACUACUAUUACACUGGAAAGUACGAUCACAUCCACACUACAACUACUUACACCAACUCUGAUGAGACAGUUACGUCAACAUUCACGUUGACUAAAACCGAUACUUCAGGAGCAUCUACAAAAACCUAUACGACAACUGUUACGAGUACGUACACGAGCCCAGGCAGUACAGCAACAGCCGUUUUUACACGAACAAAGACACGCACUGCGGGUAGCUCAAAUACUCAGUCUAGUACCGGUCUGGUGAUAGCCACAGUUACGAAAACCUAUACGGACCCUGGGAGCACAAUAACUUCAACCUUUACUACGACUGAAGUAGCUAAAGUGGCGGCAUCAACAAUAAAGACUUACACGUCUACUCUCACAAAUACGUUUACUAGAUCUGGUUCAACAUUCACAUCCACCGUGACGACAACUAGCACAGAGACGGUAGUAUUGGCAUCUGUAGCUGGUACUUCCACGUCAGGCAGUUCGGAUCCACCAGAGGUAACCUUGACAUUCACUAUCACAAGUACGAGGACAAGCACCCUCAGUGGAUCAGGAUCCGGCACGAGAACCUACACGUCGACAAUUACGAACACCCUCACGUCUACUCGGUUAAUUUCAACGAGGGGUACGGUAACCGGACUAGGUAUAAGUACUGGUAACGCGUCGGCUACCGGGACGACGGGUCCAUCCACAGCUGCUACUGUUACAAAUGUCUCGGAGGCGGGAACUGACGCUAGCACGCCGACACGAGGUGCAACAACGUACACGACCGUCAUAACUCGUACCUCCGGGAGCUUGACGACGACGUUCACGUCUACAGGCACGCGCGCCGUAGCAGCAGGCUCUACGUCUACAUCUACUGCGACGGGUAUGGCUAACUCACUCGCUACGGCAACCGCGGCAAACCCCUCGAGCGCGAGCGCUAGAAAAUUUACAUUUACGAGGUCGGGCUCGGUUAUUACAUUCACUAUCAAUUCCACUGGCCGGCGGAGAGCGACGUCCAGCGCAGGGAGCGGGACCCCCAGGGCCGGCAGUGGAAGUAGCACGGAUUCCGGGCCUGCUACCGUCACUGUUACUGGGAACGGAGAUACCGUUAUUUUGACGACGUCAAGCUCGCAGACCACUGCUGCUAGCACGACUAGCUCCACCAGCUCUUCCGGAGCGCGUAGGAAAGCCGAGCGUUCAAGAAGUGCGAAAGUCAUGGAAGGUGUAUUAUUCUUCAGUACCAUUCUACUUCUCCUUGCAUGA